AUGCUGUUCGCCAUCUUUGCUGCUCUUUCCGUUACUGCUGCUCAUAAAAUAGCUGUUCCUAUCGAACUUGCUCCCACAGUAAAAAGGAUAUGGCCUAAUGGAUUUCAAUGGCUCGUUUAUAAAACACGCCCAGUGUACAGAGUGUCUCCCGAAUUUUGCGACGUAAUUGCCCAAGGAGCCGUGGCCUCAAUUCUACCCAUAUCCGAAGGAUCUAGUUUUGCGUAUGCUGCUGCUGCUUUUGUUGAAAGUGUAGCUAAGAGUGCUAGCAUUCCAUCUGUCCGUUUUGAUGAACGCCCUCUAGCAGGGCCCGGACAUGCUGUAUCGCUGGUUGUACCAUUUGCUGAACGUUGUGAUGCUGUUGUUGCAUUCAUCAGAAGAGAAGGUUGGGAAGACGUAGUGCUGCUCUACAACACUGAAGAUGGCAAGUGA